CUAGUGUGAGAAGUUAAAGUGGUGAGUGAGUCGAGUAAUCAAUCAGCUGUAUGUAUGUAUGUAUGUAUAGGUUAGGGGUGUCUCCAGAGAUGAUGGCAGAACCAACUCCGAGAAAACAUUCAAGCCCACUUUCUUCAUCAUCACUCAACAACACCAACAACAUCUAAUCUAGCUAACCCUAUCUCUCUCUCUCUCUCUCUCCCCCUCUCUCUCUCUAUAUGUGCUAUAUAACUAUAUCGAUUUAUUUUUAGAUUUCGAUUCUGUCCCAAUCUCAACUCAUCAUCUUCUAACUUAAUUUGAUUUGCCUCACUCCUUCCCUCGUCUUUCAAUUCCUUAAUCGCCUCAAAUCUUGAAUCCUUACCUGUCUGCUCUCAUGAGACCAGGGGGGAAUCCAUUAGACCUCAAUAACUUCCCUGAAGAUUACACCACUAGAGAUGCAGGCAAACAGCUCUCUGAGGACAGCUCUUCAUCAACUGGCGUCUACAGAAAAAAGAAAAGCAGCUACGGCGGCGGCGGCGGCGGCGGCGGUAAGGAUGGAAAAGACGAGGGCGAGAAGGUCUACGAGUGCAGAUUUUGUUCCCUCAAGUUCUGCAAAUCUCAAGCUCUUGGGGGACACAUGAAUCGCCAUCGCCAAGAGAGGGAGACUGAAACAUUGAACAAGGCUCGAGAACUGGUCUUCACUAAUGACUUAGCUCCUGCUGCUCAUCUUGGCUAUGUCUCAAGCUGCCAAUCAAUUCCCCAUGGAGGGUACCAACAAGGAUCAAUGUACCCUACAAGGAUGUAUUCGACUUCUCCGAUCAUUCCUCCUCCUGCUACUAACCCUACACCACCAUAUGUGUACCAUUCCCCGCCUCAUAUAGUGUCGCAGUAUCCGGUUGCAGCGGGGGCAGGGGCUCCGAUGAACGACUACUUUGUGGGGCAUGCUCUAUCAGGGUCGUCCAGCUACGGGUCGGGUCGUAGCGAAGGGAAUUACACGUGCAUAGGGGCGCCGGUGGGGCAGGGAAUGACGAACAGCAAUGGUGGGAGGGACAUGUCAGUGCUUAAUCAGGAAGAUGGAGGGUUGAAUUGGGGGAGGAGAUAGAGAGGGUUGCAAGAUCAUGGCGGCAUUGAUGAGUAUGAUCAAUCUCAAUGUCAUGAGGUGAUGAUGAUCAAGGGUGGUUGGUUAAUUAAUGAUUGAAUGCUUUUGUUUUGUUUUCUUAAUGCAUUAUGGUAUGAUUAUGAUGAUGUUGUUGUUCUUGAGCGAGUGUAAGUGUUGGUUUGUGUUGUUGAUUGAUGAAGAUGAAGAAGACAGCAGUCUCAUCUCAGUGGAAGAGGUAGAUAGGAGAAAUGAAUGAAUCCUCUCCGAGCUAGCUAGCUAGCUAGCUAGCAACGAAGGAAGAAAUCUGGAAACUGACAAAUUAAUGUUGUCUUGAGGGGUUUUGGUUGAUAUAUAAUUAUAUUAUUUAUUAAUUAAUUAAUUAGCAGCCUUUUGAGGUGUGUGUCUGUGUCUCUGAUCCAUCACAUUCAAAUUCAAGUCCAAG